CUCAGGAAUCCAGGGUCUCACUGGAGCAGCUCUGGUGCCGCUUGGAUUUUUGUUGAGCUCGGAAACGGUUGGCCGAGGUCUGGAGCUUCUCGUCUCGUUAUUGCUGCCAGAAACUUUCUCUCUCCUGGCUUUGCUGCCAGAAAGCUCACGUUGCGUCGGCUUGCCUGCCUCCCCGUAAAACGAGACCUGGCCCAAAGUCUGACAGCAGCCGUCGAACGCCCAAGCAGCCAUGGCCAUCACAGACUACCUGCCCGCCCUGGAUCAGGGUUACCUGCCCCUAUAUCUCCUGGUGGUCUCAGUUGCCGCGAUUGGCAAUGCGGCCCAGAACUUCGGGACCCUGCACUACACGCGACGCAUCUACAAGGGGCUGUUUGUGCCGAACCCGGCCCUGACGAGAGGGCGGGCCGCGGCCCCUACCACGCGGUCGAACCCAGAAGACAGCAUCCACAAACUCGUGCCCGCAUCGAGCACUGGCAAAGACGUCGAGAAGGCCAACGAUCAAAUGACGCCGCUCGCCGCCCGCCUCUUUGCCGCAUGGACUUUCAUCACUGGCGUCAUCCGCCUGUACGCCGCCUACGAUGUUUCCAACCCGGUUCUCUACCAGCUGUCGCUCCUGACCCACAUCGUCGCCGCCUCGCAUUUUCUCUCCGAGCUGCUUGUUUUCAAGACCUGCCCCCCGAGCGGGCCACUAGUUUUCCCCAUCAUUGCUGGAUCCACCGGCUCGAUUUGGAUGGCACUCCAGUAUGCGCACUACGUUGGGCCUAUUGUCCUGCCCUGGGCCCGGUAGAGUGCUAGUUGAUGUAAUGAGUGGGGGAGAGCGUGUGCGGUGCAAGAUCUGGUUUAUAGCUCUCUUGGGGGCCCGUAAUGCAUGGUAUAUAUAUGUUGGAAUAGCCGCCUGGGCAGGUAGACUGGUGAAACUCAGAGAGACUUUCGGUACAGGUCGCCACCACAUGCCCUCAGACGAGCAGUUGCCUGCUCGGGUGUGAUAUCGCGUUGUGGCUCGGCCAUGAGUUCAUACCCAACAAGGAACUUUUUGACAGUCGCGGACCUGAGCAAGGGGGGAUAGAAGUGCAUGUGGAACCAGCUGCUUUCCGCCUCGUCCUCGCUACAGUCAAGGGGUGCCUGGUGGAGCCCAGAGC